AUUACAGGUUGAUACGGUUGUCUGAGUCAUUGCAUUGCAUUUGCACUGUGGACGGUUGCUGUAGGACCAAUUAACAGAUCAAUAGACCUAUGGAAAUACACUGUUGAGGAUUAGGACUAGAUCUUGGAACUCAGGUCCCUUUUAAAAUGGAUCAAGACCUGUCGUCUCCGACGGACGAGAGCCCUUACGACAAUGCCGGUGGAGGCAACCUUGGUCGUAACACCGAAGAGCAUGCCUACGACAACGCAACAUUCGAGGAAGACACCGGGGAGCAGACCGCCGUCGACAUGCCACCGCCGUCCAAUGAACCCGUGAAUGACAUCUCUGCCGAGGACGAGAUCGCGGCCAAUAUGGACACUGAGCCUUCAUCCGUGAUCGACGUCAAUGCGGUGGACGGGGACGAGGACGCGGUCGAUGAUGAGGAUGAGAAGGAUGUCGAGACGCCAGAUGAUGAAGAGAUUCCUGUUUAUUCAUAUGUCGAUACAAACAAAUUAAAGGAAGAAUCAAGAUACGAUAGUAUCAAACUGAAGACAACAGAUAUGAGUGACGAGGAGUUGCAUCGCAGAAAACAAAAGUCAAUCAAAAUAUGUAUCGGUCUGUUUGUAUUUGUUCUCAUCGCAGUCAUUGUGGGACUCCUCGGAUUCUAUAUAGAUUUAUCAACGAAAGAAAUUACUACUACUACUCCAAGACCAACCACGAAACAACCCCUUAUUGAGAUAGAUUACAUAGGAGCCGAGGUUGUAGUUACUUUCAAUAAUAGGAAUUACACCGAUGCUUUGAACGACUCUACAUCUUCCGAAUAUCAGGCUUUGGUUGAUGAAAUAUCAAUGUUGGAGUUUAAUGUGUCCCCCAGAUCCGAGAUUUCGUAG